AUGCCUCAAUAUGGAAGUCGCCGCCGAUUGUUACCACCGGCUGGACAAGAGGAAUAUGGUGAGGUGGUUGGUGAAGCGGAGGAGGAAUAUGAGGAGGAAGAGAUAUCAAAAUCUCUUAAUCUCUUUCUUUUUUGUCAUAUCAUAACUAUCCCCAAGCUGACAAUUCAAUUGCAUUCUCACAAUUUUCAGGAAAAGCCAAAGAAAAUUGUAAAACCAAAAGUUGAAAUUAGAGAGCCUAGUGAGGAGGAAGAAGUAGUUGUAACUAUCGAGCAGCCACCAGCAGUCGAGCCCACACACACAACCUGGAAGAGAGCCAGGAUAUUCCCCAUGAUUUUUAAGAAAGUCAGAGGACUGGCUGAUAAAAGAGGCAUCGCAGCCCUGGACGGGGACGAGUGGCAGAGGCGGCUGGAGGAGGAAGACAAAGAUUAUCUGAAACUAACUCUGGACCAAGAAGCAGCCACAGAAAGCACGGUGGAAUCGGAAGAAGAAUCCUCCAGCGACUAUACCGAGUACAGCGAGGAGGAAUCCGAGUUCAGUGAGUCCGAGACCACAGAAGAGGAAUCCGAGUCCGAGACGCCCUCCGAGGAGGAGGAGAGUUCGACCCCCGAAUCGGAGGAAUCUGAAUCUACAGAGUCCGAAGGAGAGAAAGCAAGGAAAAAUAUCGUGCUGGCGAGAAGACGACCCGUUGUGGAGGAGGUCAAGGAAGUCAUAGGGAAAGCAAAGGAACCGCCGGAGGAACCAGGAGAAGAACCUACGGCGGAAGAAGAGGAACCCGCAGAAGCAGAAGGAAGCGACGCGGGCCCUGGGGAGGAAGCUGCGGACCUGGACGCUGGGGGCGCCCGCGAGGAGGGCAGCGCGGAGUCCGCGUCCGGGGAAGGCGGGGCGGGGAGCGAGGACGAAUCCGAGUCCGGCCGGAGCAGCAGCAGCAGCCGCAGCAGCAGCAGCAGCAGCAGCGAGAGUCAGUCUGGAGGGCCGUGGGGCUUCCAGGUGCCAGAGUACGACAGAAGAAAGAGUUCGCACCGAAGGAAGUCUCCGGGAGCAGACCCGGAAGGUUACAACACGGCGCUUUAAAAGCGGUCCCAGGAGGUGGGAGCUUUGCAGUGCAGAGUGCUCUGUGUGCGGUGCCUUCUGUGUGUUCUCUGAUGACAGUCGAGGUGGGCAAGAAAAAGAAUGAUCAAAUUAGUUGUCGAUCGAGAGUAUGAAACUAGCUCAACGGGAGAAGACAGCGCUACUGAAUGUCAGAGGAGCCGUCUUCGCAAUCCUAAUAUC